AUGUGUGCCAAAAAAAAUAGUAGAGCAGCUGAGCUCGCUCGAAAUUUACAUCAGCGAUAUGUUAGCUUAAAUACAGGCGUAUGUUCAUUUCUGCCAGAGAAUCUGAGACGGGAAGUAAGUGCGCAUGUUCAUUCGUUGUUAGCAGCUGAACCAGAUCCAACAAUAUUUGAUUGCUUAUGCACACCUGUUGAACAAUUUUUGCGGCAGCAGCAUGCCUUAUUUGUUUGUUCCGAAGAAUUUCUAGAUGCUUUUAAUAAAGUUGAUGACUCUUUUUCGAAACUAUCUAAAUCAACCAAUAUUACUCAAGCAACGGCUAGAAAAUCUAAAAAAGUACUUCAUCAGCCAAUGUUGACUGCAGAAAUGUUGUUAAAAACACAAUACGAGAGAGAAAAUGCUUUCGGCGAAAGUGAAGUGGAAAAGAUGUAUCGACCAGCUGUUAAGGUGCCAUAUGUAUGUAAUGCAACUACAAGUAAGAACGAUUCAGCUGUUUCUUCUACGUUUUCAAGUGAUGCAAACGGUCAAACGGCUGUGGUCAAGUUAAGUACAAUUCGCGAAGAACAACUUAGAGGAAAUCCUGUAACUCACACCUUAGCGAGAGUAGAAAAAAUGGAUUCUGGACUAGUGAUGACCCAUUGUACUGAAGAAGGGCGAAAAGCUUUUGCGGCACUGCUUAUUGAAAAGUUGAAUUUGCUGAGCGCAAAAAGAAGGAGGAAUGAUGUAAUGAAUCAACAACUUCGCGAUAUACAGAGUAGAAAAUGUUCUGCCCGUGAAAUUGUAAACGAUAUGGAACCCACAGCUGCUGAAGAAGAUGAUGAACUUGAACGUUAUGUUCGACAAAGGAUGGCGGAUGAUUCUUGCAAACCUUCUCCUUCUUACCAUUCUCCUGAUUAUCCUAACGCACAUUCUUUGCGUUAUCGGCGCCGAUCUCCAAAAUCAAGCCCACCUGAACGUUUUCGAAAUUACACAGCAUCACUGGCAGUUGAAUUUAAUUCGCCAUAUAUGAUUAAUCCUUAUAGUUCGAAUGGUUUUGCCCCACCUCCUUGUAGUAAAUAUAAUCGAGAUGUUCUCCCAGCAAAGCCUGCCAGUUAUGAAGUAAAAUCAUUGACGAUGUAUGAUACGUCAGGAAUAGAAUCAAUGGCUCCAUCACUAGUCCAUGAACGCGAUGAGUUGCAACGAGCUGCAAUUUUUCAGAAAGCUAGACUUCUUUCCGCUAACAGCCAUACAAAUCGAAAAGUUCACAAACAUUCAGAUUUUUCAUCAUUGCCAAGAAUGAAGGGCAACGAUUCGAAACCACUUAUAACGAUAAGUUAUAAGCAAAAAAAUCGCGUGCCUAUCGUGGCCCACGUGUCACUACAAACAAUGACUUUUCGUGAUUUUCGGAAGUAUUUGGGAAUAUCGUCCAAAUCAAAUCAACAAGUUCCAAUUCCAAUACUACCUAGAUUUUUCUUCAAAACUGCUUGUGAAGAUGGUAAUUCUCCUUAUCAAUUGCUUUUGGUCAAUGAUGAUUCUACUAUUCUACCAGUUUAUGAAGGUCGUAUUACAGCUGAAUGUAAAUCGAUUUCUGACUCAGAAUAG